UUUAACCAUAGGCUUGGUGUGCUUGAUAUUCAACAUGGCGCAUCCUUGGUAGAUUCGCGUCUAUAUACGUUAUUAUUUUCGAUAUGCCAGGAGCCGGAGGCUACUCAACAGUAUCUAUUGUUAUGUUCAUCUAUUUUUUUGUUUGUUUUCUCUUUAACUUGCCAAAUAUUAGAGUCAGGGAUCUUAAAAGUAUUUGCCACUAUCCUAGCUUGCCAGCUAAUCCGGUGUGCUUGAUUACGUCUUACUGGCGUGGAAAGCAGUUUGUACCUUUAAGGCAGUUGACCUGUUUUCAAUGUGUCCCCUUCUUCUUCCUUCUCUGCGUUUCAUCAUUCCACCGCUGCGGCUGGUCUCUGCAGCCAUGUGGCAGGUGGUUCAGCAAGGACAUGUUCAAGAUUAUGGGAUGCUGGAGGAGUUUGUCACCACUGUAACAGAAAUUGUACCAGAAAUUUUGAGUUUCAGCCAGAGAGCACAACUCAUCCUGGGACUGCGAGCGAGCAUGGUUUUGGAGUUGUGUCGCUCUGCACAGACAGCCGACCAAGAAAUUCAGCAACACCUGGACAGAAUCCGUAGCCUCAUAUCCUUUGGGGAAGCAGAGUCCAGUGACGCAGAGGUGAGAAUGUCUGAAUCGAAGUUUGUGGAGCUGGUUGAAUCUCUUCUCAAAGACCCAAGCGAAAGGGACCACUUUUACCAGGAUGUGUUCCCUAUGGAGUUCGGCCCACAGUAUGACACUGCAAUACAGAUGCUGAUGUUGGAAUUCCUUACCAGACUUGAGAAGUUACUUCCCAUACCAGACCUGGAACAGACUGCCUCCUUGCUAAACGCUGUCCCCUCUGCCCUGGAACAAUGUGUACAGUCUGUACCAGACCCCAGGCAGCUGAGGACCCUGCUGCAGUACCAUAGAAAACUUGGACAUUUGGAAUCUGUCGGCGGGCCAUCCUUUCCUCUGCCUGCCCUGCGUCUCUUCGUACCACCCCUGCAGCUUUUUUCUGCAGCCAUGUGCCAGACGGUCCAAAGAGGGAGCGUAAUGGACUAUGGGAAGCUGGAAGAAUUUGUGUCAGUUGUUACAGAGACCGUUCCAGAACUGCUCAGUUUUAAACAGAGAAUCCAACUGAUUUUUGGCUUACGAGCAAAGUUAGUUUUGGAGUUGUGCCGCACGGAGCCGACGGAAGAACUACAAAACCAUUUGGAAAGGAUUCACGCUGUAACAUCACGUCUGCAGGAAGCAAAUGUGCCUUGUGGUGCACAAGUGGAGGCCAUUAAAUCAAAUUUUGUUGCAUUGGUGCAAACACUCGUCAGAGAUCCAGUUGAGAGGGAGCGCUUCUUCAAGGAUGUGUUUCCUGUCGAUUACGGUCCUGAGUAUGACUCGGCACUCCAGACUUUAACAUGGGAGUUUAUCUCACGGCUGGAGCAGCUGCUUCCUGUACCAGACCUCAAACAGACAGUGUCUUGGCUCAGUGCUGAACACUCUGUCCUAGAAGAGUGUGCCGACUUCAUACCUCAACCUCUGGAGUUGAAGCACCUACUGGAAUAUCAUAGAAAACAAGGCUCUUUGGACUCUAAAGCUACUUUGUACUCCUCUGCUGGCGAUUGCAUCUUUUCCUCUCUGUCCCUCGCUCCAUCAGUGGUAGGGGUGACCGCCGCUAAAAAGACAGAAAACGAGGUCCAAUCAGAGUUGAUUGAUGGCUGUACGGACCCAACCGUUUAUAGUCAAGAGAUGGAAACAGAGUCUGUAGUCGUGAUGGAUUAUGCAGAAGUGGAGCUGGGAACCAGUAUGUAUGCCAUUGAGGAUUUAACAGAGGAGACAGAGGCACAGAAGCCCAGAGAAAACCACUCCGAAUUCAAUGGAGACGAGAGUCACACGGUACCCAUGCCAAGCGAGGGAGGGUGUCAACACGUACAAUCUGAGGUUAUUGGUGAGAUGGGGCAACUGAACGGAGACACCAGCUUUGCUACGGAGGAGAACAGUGUCGUUACUGCUGAUGUAGAGGUUUUCUGCCAAGAGGUAGAGGGAGGGUGUGUGGAUAUGGAGUCCAUAAAUAGAGAGGAGGAAAUUAUUUAUGAGGAUUUGGUGCAUGUUGAAAACUUCCGACCAGAACAUCAUGACUUAGCGAGGCCUGAAUGUGCAGAGGAUACAGUUGACAGACUGUCCAACCACAACGAGUACCAGGAGAAGGAUACCAAGCAGAAUGGAAAUAACGCUGGACAUCUCCCGCAAUCUGAAACGGACCGGGGGCACUCCGAAGGUGACAGUGAGGAACAUGGCGAGUCCUGUCUGAGCCGGAAAGCCACAGUACGGAUCCAGAGACUGUCCGUCAGUGACCUGCCUCUUCCAGUGGCAAAGACCUCUCAACCACCGAGAAGAAACGCCAGGCAGUGGAAGAAGAAAGUCAGAUCAAAUCAGAACAUGCAACUUAAGGCAGUACAGAAGGAGGCUAAUGUAAUCAGUGUUGUUCCUUUAUACCUGCCAAGGUCUCCAGAGAAAAAGAAGGACUCUGACGUCAUCAGUGCCUCUUCAGCCAUCAGUACCCAGAUUAUUGGAAAUACAGCUGUUACGGUGGAGUCUUCCUCUCUGGUCUUUGCAUGCUCGCAGUGCUCUUUCAACCACACUGAUGAGCUGAACCUCCGGCAGCACCUCAAAGAGCUUCACCCAGAGGAGUACAGAAGGCUCCUGUCUGCCAGAGAAAGUGAAACGGAAACUCCUCCAGGGCCUUCCAGCACCCUUCUGAACCCUUGUCCCUCCGACGUCCUCCAUACCCAGGGGAAAAUUGGCAAACACACACCACGCUCCAGAACAUGCUCUGUGUGUGGGAAACAUUUCUCGCGAGCAACAGAUAUGAGGAGACACCAGAGAUCCCACACUGGGGAGCGGCCUUAUGGGUGCAACCAGUGUGGGAAGAGUUUCCAGUACUCCUUUGACUUAAAAAGACAUCAGCGAAAGGGCACUGGGUCAAGGUCCUUCCAGUGCUGCACGUUGGAAGAGGGCUUUGAUCAGGAGAAAGAUCUAAAUACACAUUGCAGUGUGGCUCAUGCAGCUGAUCGGCAGGUAUGUGAUGAUGACAUGGGUUUAAAGCUAAGCCCCCCAUUAGGCCCUGAGCGUGACCAGAGCAGUUGUAGCGAGGAGGGUCAACACAAAUGUCCUGAUUCUGAAAUGUCAUUCAGUCAGAUAUCCCAAAUGAAGCAACACCAGCUGAAUCACUCCGACGGUGACCUGCUCCAGUGCAAACAUUGUUCGCAGAAAUGCCCAGACUCUGAUGCCCUCACAAAACACUUGCAAAUGCACAAUGGAGAUCAACCCUUCCAGUGCUCUCUGUGCAAAACUGAUUUCACACAGCUGACAUGUCUCAGGCAGCACUACUUGAAAACUCAUAAGAACGAGGGUUCUUUUCUGUGUUCCCUUUGUCCUAAAAGUUUCCCAAAGCUAUCGAACUUGAUCAAGCACCAGAGAACCCAUACCGGUCAGCGUCCCUACCAGUGUUCCCAUUGUCCGAAGAGGUUCACACAACUACAGAUCUUGACUCGCCAUGAGAGAAUCCACACAGGAGAAAAACCCUUCCUCUGCUCCGAUUGUGGGAAAAGUUUUCGGUCCUCUGGUGAAUUGUCCAAACACCUUCAGUGUCACUCAGAGGAAAGACCCUUCCCAUGCCUCAAAUGUGGAAAGACUUUCAAGGCCAAUCGUUUUUUAAAGAAACAUCUGCAGACUCACACAGGGGAGCGUCCUGUCCCCUGCUCCAAAUGUGGAAAGAGAUUUGCCAAGUCGUCUGAUUUGACCAGGCACAAUCGCAUCCACACAGGGGAGAGGCCACACACAUGCUCUCAGUGCGGUAAAAGUUUCUUAACUCACUCCGAAGUGCUGAAACAUCAGCGGUACCAUACGGGUGAACGACCGUUCAAGUGUGCAGAAUGUGGAAAGACUUUCACCCAGUCCUGCUAUCUUACGGUGCACCAGCGGAUACACACAGGAGAGCGGCCCUAUUCAUGCAGCGUGUGUGGGAAUCGUUACAGCAGCACCACUCCACUGAAGAGACACAUGCUCAGCCACACAGGGGAAAAACCACACGUCUGCACCGAAUGUGGGAAGGCCUACAACAGGUUGCAUCUUCUUAGGACACACGAGCGAACUCAUUUGGCAAUUGCAGCCAUUUGUUGAGGCCGUCUGUGUAGUUAUGAUAAUGUUAUUGUCUUUUAUGGAUAAUUUGCAAUUUUUUAAGAAAUUAAAGUAAAACAUUGUGAGGUAUUUGAUUCAACAUGUGCUUUUGUAUAGGCUUGUAACAACACAAGCCUCAUUCUGAAAUGUUUGUUUAAUCUGGCACUCAUUGCUUACUACUUACCUGCUAAAUAAACAUUAGAAUUGGA